AUGGAGAGCGUUACAAAUUUUUCAGUCUCGCUUAUCAAAGGUUUUGUAGACAGUUUACGAGGUGUAACUGUACUUUUAUAUUUAGAUAAAGAGAUCAAUGAGCGUGCACUGAGUCGCUCACCUCUUUCAGAGUUUGACAAUGCAAAAAAUAAACAAAAGCAACCUAAAGUAAAACAGGAAUCAAAAGUACUUACAAGGGUAUUGCAAUCAUGCAUCCUCAAUGGCUUUAUAUUUUUGCUUAGCAUAUUAAUAUUUGAGUAUGCACUGCUACCCGCGGUCAAGUACUUAGUUACCGUGAUAUUUGGACACAAUCCUGGUGUGGCUCACAACGUAUGGGCGUGGAUGCAACCAUUCUUGUCCAUGACAUUUCGAAUGAUAUGGGUGCUUCCAUUGUUUUUGCUGAGUAAACUAGUCAACAGUUUGUGGUUUCAAGACAUAGCGGACUCUGCGUACCGUCACAGACGAGGACGGCCACAAUUCAUGUCGAGCGUCAGCAAAAUAAUUGCUGAUUCAUUAUUCAGUUUGCUGGUGCAAGCCUUAUUUUUAGUACAGAGUAUGUUAGUCAGUAUGUUACCAAUAACAUAUAUAGGUGAACUGCUGUGCCUCGUUCACAUGUGUCUACUAUACUCACUUUACUCAUUUGAGUACAAAUGGUUCAACAUGGGAUGGGAGCUUCAUAAGAGGCUCACGUUCAUCGAGACCAACUGGCCUUAUUUUCUUGGCUUUGGCCUGCCCCUGGCCGUGCUAACGCAGAUACCACAGUCCUACAUUAUUAGUGGUUGCGUGUUCUCUAUAUUUUUCCCUGUGUUCAUACUGAGUGGGAACGAAGCUUCGCCCGUGAUAGGAAGCGAUUACCCACUCCGAUUAUUCUCGCCCGUAGUCGCGAUAUCAAACGGUAUGUUCAGGUUCGUUCGCCAGGGAGCUGAAGUGGUGACACAGCGGAACAGAUGA